UUAUAGGUGCCAUAAAGAUAAUAUUUCGAGUCACUUUUAAAUUAAACGAACCGAACAACUUCUGGUGCAUUGUGCGUUGUGCAUUGUUCUUCAAUCAGAAUGGACACAGUAAUCGAAGACCUCAGUCAAAUUUCCCUAAAUGAUGAAGAGAAAAAACUAGAAGAACUCGCUCCCAUAGAAAUAAAAAAGGAUCCUACGUUCGUAAGAGAUUUAUUCAGACAUAGCAGGAUGUACAGCACUUGGAUCAACGUUGAUUACAAUUUACCAUAUACGUUGAUCGCGCCAGGUGGCAAAAUAUAUCGAGAAAUCGAAACCAAGUUCAAGAAUGAUUGGUUAUUUCAUGAUUCAUCUGCUGAACUGCACAAGAUCGUGAGAAUCCAGAAUCCAUUUCUCUGUCUCCAGUACGAGCUCAAACUGAAACAGAAGAAAGAACUUCAUGGAAGUGUCCAGGAAAAUCAGCUCUACCAUGGUACGAAGGGAUAUAAUGUCGACUCGAUUUGCCAAGGGAAUUUUGACUGGCGUAGACUUGGAGCUAGUGGUUAUAGGUCGAGCAAAUUUGGCCAAGGAGUUUCGUUUUCACCACAUUCCAGUUACGCUUCAGAUUACCCAAGAAAAUAUUUUGAGCACCCACGAGUUAUGAUCUUGGCGAGGGAAAUGGAGAUAUCCAGAUGCUGGGGCCAUGAUGGUAUGGUGAUCCCUCCAUUACCUCACGAUACAUCUGGAGACCUCUCGAGUAAUAAUAACGUAGUUGUGAAAUAUUUUGAUAAUGAAUUUUAUCCAGAGUUCAUAAUAUAUUAUUAUUAUAAUAAAUGAGACAAAUCGAGGGGUAAAUAUCCGGGAAAAAUGUGUAGACCAGACUUCCAAUGAACAAAUACUUCCAAAGGCGUCCAGUGGCUCCCGAAGACUUCCAAACACUUCCAAAGAUUUCCAGUGACUACCAAAGACUUCCAGCCAACACCAAUGACUUCCAUUGAUUUUCGAAGAUAUGCAAUGACCGAUUGAAGCACAAUGAACAAUUCAAACUACCCGUGUGAAAACUUACUAUCUGAUGUCGUAGGGAGCUAAAUGUUCAUAUUAGUAGUUUAGCAUGAACUAUUUGCAUGUUCGCUUUCAUACAUUGUGAAAAUCUAAUGAUGAAAUGAAGUCGGUAUCUCCAUGACGAAA